GCUAUCCAAUUAAAACAAAUGGUACUUGCUAAAACCUUAUUUGAAUAAUUGGCAAUACGAUUUCAGAGGACUAUGUUCUGAGCUAAUUUUAUGAGUAUAUAAAUGUUGUAUUUACCGAUAAAACGUAAAACCUCGUUGUAACUUGCAAUUAUAUCACUUUUUAGAAUCUUUGGUGUCAAGUUAAAAGAUUAUCUUCAACAUCAGCAAUACAAGCCCAUAUACAUAGAUAAGAACUUUUACAUCUGCAUGCACCGAAAUGAUCAAUGAUCAGGGAAUAUCGAGUCAAAUUCCUUUCAGUUUCUCUAGUUUAAUGAAUGCAACCUAAUGGAUUUCUAUGCGCAUAACGGGUAUAAAGUAGAUGCUGGAAAACAAAGUAGUGUACCGUUGGUUGAGAGAUGGCCAUCUACGUACACUUGGUUCCUUUCUGUGGCAACAUAAUUGAAACAACAGUCACUGACAAGGAUAGUAGAAAAUUGGGUGCUCAGCAUUUGCUCCAAGUUCAUGUUCAAUGGGCAAGUAGUUAUUGCAGGAUUGAACUGUAAAUGGAUGUCCCAUCCGAUAAGAUCAAUGAGCAGCAAAAUUUUCACCUUACAACCCUGUGUUGACACCAAGUGCCUCGUUAUCCAACCCCUUCACAUAAACGACAUGCCUCUGUCUAUCGAGAGCUUUCUACGUGACUCCAAUGUAAUUUUUGCGGGAAUUGAAAUUGAGGAGACUGUGUUUAAAAACCAGAAUGAGUAUGGACCGAGUUAUACAAAGAAAAUUGAUGUUCGUUCCUUGGUCAAGGUACAUUUCCCAUUGAGCUUCUUUGGACAACCUGGUUUAAAAGCUGUUGCUAAUCGAUCGAUGGGGCUCCAUAAAUGGAGACCAAGUGAUGAUGAGUGCCUAAAGAACAUGGACUCUAGGUUUCUUGAUGUGGAGCAGGUUAAGUUUGCAUGUAUUGAUGCAUAUGCUUUAUACAGAAUUGGACACAAACUUCUCAAGGAGAUGUGAUGGAGUUCUUUGCUGUGUUUCUACAUUUUGUUUGGAUUGACAGAAAGAUAUGAACAACAAUGUGUUCAAUAGAUGGAAUUAAUAUUCCUGCUUUUCCUAAUCCCAAUAGAUCGUAUUGAGCAUAUAUUUAUAUUUAGCUACAAAAUGCUUCAUUUGAUCUUAAUUCAAACAGCAAUGCUUCAAACUAUGGGUACCGUUGUAUCUGACAUUUUAUUUAUGGGUUCUGCAUUGAGCUACUACCACUCAAAAUCUACUUUCUGGCCAGUCAUUUAUCUGCUUAAUUAUAUCUUACUUAUUAGUUUAAUGAUUGGCAAUAUAUUGAUAUCUGUUGAAUGAACAGAUCAAAUAAAUUUGAUAGAAGAAGUAUUGGACUUUCCCUCCCAUUCCAUGUUAAAAGUCAAAUUACUUCUGCUGAUAAGAUCAAUUCAAAGAAUAGUUGGUUUACCAAUUAUCAGUGCCCUGCUGUAGCCAACUCCAUAUCAUUCAGAUCAGUUCCCAGGGAGUCUUUCCGUAGCUAAAUGCAGGCAGCUGUGACAUGAAUUUAGUAGUGAGUCAAGAUUCAAAGCUUCAA